AUGGCAGCCAGUAAGAAUAAGACCCAGAGUUCUCUGGCCCUGCACAAGGUCAUCAUGGUGGGCAGUGGUGGUGUGGGCAAGUCUGCACUCACACUGCAGUUCAUGUACGACGAGGUGAGAACAUGCACACACUUAGCUCAACUCACUGCAUAGCUACAGCAGUAUUGACAUGGUUUAUGCUCACAAAACUGAGCAUGCUAUGUUUGCUAGCCUGUCAUACUCCAUUGUUACAUUGUGUUGAACCCUGUUAUCUAACUUGACAAUAAUUAAAUAAAGUUCACAUUACCCGAAGUUCAACAUUUUCCAGUUUUGUACUGUGACACAAUGACUGUGUGGUUGAGGUGUUCCUCUUUGUCCUCUGUCCAGUUUGUGGAGGACUAUGAGACACCAAGGCAGACGGCUACAUAUUAUCUGCCUAAUGUAGUCUUGUCUGCUGGAGACAUUCUGACGGUUCUGUGGUUUCCUCCUAGUUCGUAGAGGACUACGAGCCCACCAAGGCAGACAGCUACAGGAAGAAGGUAGUGCUGGAUGGAGAGGAGGUCCAGAUCGAUAUCCUGGACACGGCUGGACAGGAGGACUACGCUGCCAUCAGAGACAACUACUUUAGGAGUGGAGAGGGCUUCCUGCUUGUCUUCUCCAUCACAGAACACGAGUCCUUCAUGGCCACUGCAGAGUUCAGGUUGGUGAUCCUUCAUUAGUUAGUAUGUAUGGCGGUGAUGACAGUCUUAUGGCAGUGAGUCAGAUUGGAGAGUCACAAUGAUGACCGUAACGAUAGAAGACUCAAGCCAUUGUUAGUGUGUGUGUGUGUUUGCCUGCGUAUGUGUUUCCAUGAUUUUUUGCUUGCAAGAAGAGGUGCAUGCAUCUAUGACCUUUGCACCUUUUAAAUGCUAGUUUGUGGAUCUAAAAUCCGAAUAAGUCUUUACAAUGUGUGUGUUUUAGGGAGCAGAUCCUGCGUGUGAAAGCAGAGGAGGAUAAGAUUCCUCUGUUGGUGGUGGGGAACAAGUCUGACUUGGAGGACCGCAGACAGGUGUCUGUAGAUGAGGCCCGAGCCAAGGCAGAGGAGUGGGGGGUGCAGUACGUGGAGACAUCAGCCAAGACACGAGCCAACGUCGAUAAGGUACAGUCACUGUGUGUGUGUGUGUUGUGUGUGUGUGUGUGUAAUUACAUAUUGCAGACAAUUUUCUUCUACAGUGGGGAGAAAAAGUAUUUAGUCAGCCACCAAUUGUGCAAGUUCUCCCACUUAAAAAGAUGAGAGAGGCCUGUAAUUUUCAUCAUAGGUACACGUCAACUAUGACAGACAAAUUGAGAAUUUUUUUUCCAGAAAAUCACAUUGUAGGAUUUUUUAUGAAUUUAUUUGCAAAUUAUGGUGGAAAAUAAGUAUUUGGUCACCUACAAACAAGCAAGAUUUCUGGCUCUCACAGACCUGUAACUUCUUCUUUAAGAGGCUCCUCUGUCCUCCACUCGUUACCUGUAUUAAUGGCACCUGUUUCAACUUGUUAUCAGUAUAAAAGACACCUGUCCACAACCUCAAACAGUCACACUCCAAACUCCACUAUGGCCAAGACCAAAGAGCUGUCAAAGGACACCAGAAACAAAAUUGUAGACCUGCACCAGGCUGGGAAGACUGAAUCUGCAAUAGGUAAGCGGCUUGGUUUGAAGAAAUCAACUGUGGGAGCAAUUAUUAGGAAAUGGAAGACAUACAAGACCACUGAUAAUCUCCCUCGAUCUGGGGCUCCACGCAAGAUCUCACCCCGUGGGGUCAAAAUGAUCACAAGAACGGUGAGCAAAAAUCCCAGAACCACACGGGGGGACCUAGUGAAUGACCUGCAGAGAGCUGGGACCAAAGUAACAAAGCCUAUCAUCAGUAACACACUACUCCGCCAGGGACUCAAAUCCUGCAGUGCCAGACGUGUCCCCCUGCUUAAGUACAUGUCCAGGCCCAUCUGAAGUUUGCUGCAUUUGGAUGAUCCAGAAGAGGAUUGGGAGAAUGUCAUAUGGUCAGAUGAAACCAAAAUAGAACUUUUUGGUAAAAACUCAACUCGUCGUGUUUGGAGGACAAAGAAUGCUGAGUUGCAUCCAAAGAACACCAUACCUACUGUGAAGCAUGGGGGUGGAAACAUCAUGCUUUGGGGCUGUUUUUCUGCAAAGGGACCAGGACGACUGAUCCGUGUAAAGGAAAGAAUGAAUGGGGCCAUGUAUCGUGAGAUUUUGAGUGAAAACCUCCUUCCAUUAGCAAGGGCAUUGAAGAUGAAACGUGGCUGGGUCUUUCAGCAUGACAAUGAUCCCAAACACACCGCCCGGGCAACGAAGGAGUGGCUUCGUAAGAAGCAUUUCAAGGUCCUGGAGUGGCAUAGCCAGUCUCCAGAUCUCAACCCCAUAGAAAAUCUUUGGAGGGAGUUGAAAGUCUGUGUUGCCCAGCGACAGCCCCAAAACAUCACUGCUCUAGAGGAGAUCUGCAUGGAGGAAUGGGCCAAAAUACCAGCAACAGUGUGUGAAAACCUUGUGAAGACUUACAGAAAACGUUUGACCUGUGUCAUUGCCAACAAAGGGUAUAUAACAAAGUAUUGAGAAACUUUUGUUAUUGACCAAAUACUUAUUUUCCACCAUAAUUUGCAAAUACAUUCAUAAAAAAUCCUACAAUGUGAUUUUCUGGAGAAAAAAAUUCUCAUUUUGUCUGUCAUAGUUGACGUGUAUCUACGAUGAAAAUUACAGGCCUCUCUCAUCUUUUUAAGUGGGAGAACUUGCACAAUUGGUGGCUGACUAAAUACUUUUUUCCCCCACUGUAUCUGCCAUUUUCAAGGUGAUCAAGUGAUUUGGAAAAUAGUGGUGGACUAUCACUUUAAUAAUGGUUUGUUCAGGUAAAUGUGUUUGGUAACAUUGUUCCUUUUCAUUCUCAAGGUAUUCUUUGACCUGAUGCGGGAGGUGCGGGGCAAGAAGAUGUCGGAAAACAAGGACAAAAACGGCAAGGGAAAGCACAAGAAUAAGAACAAGAAGAGUUUCAAAGAGCGAUGCUGUUUACUCUGA